UGUAGUCUUACUAAGACCCCAUAAUAUCAGUCACCAGUCAGCUCCCCGUCUUCCUGAACAAACACCCGUUCUCAAAUUGAUUCCCCCAUAUUUACGCGUAAUCGUAAAAUCCUCUUCAGAAAUCAUUCUUUCUCCCAAAAUUCCCUGAGAAGGAGAAAUCUUCGUAGGUUCUCUCUCUUCCUCAAGGAAAAAUUCUCUUGAUUUUCCGUUCAUUCCCUAGAUUUUCCGUCUCAAAUGGCAUUCGAAAAUUACACCGACAAAAAUGCCGUUUUUCGAAAGCUCAAAGCUAAAUCAGAGAAUAAGAUGUGCUUCGAUUGCAAUGCCAAGAACCCUACGUGGGCGUCGGUGACGUACGGGAUCUUUCUUUGUAUUGAUUGCUCUGCGGCACACCGUAGCCUUGGUGUUCAUAUCAGUUUCGUCAGGUCUACGAACUUGGAUUCAUGGUCACCUGAACAGUUAAAGAUGAUGUAUUUUGGUGGAAACAACCGUGCUCAUACCUUUUUUAAGCAGCAUGGCUGGACUGAUGGAGGCAAGAUUGAAGCUAAAUAUACAUCAAGAGCUGCUGAUUUAUACAAGCAGAUUUUGGCAAAAGAAGUUGCUAAAAGUGCCGGAGAAGAUUCUGGCUUACCUUCUUCACCGAUGGCUUCACAGUCAGCACAAACACCUAAUGGUUUCUCUGAUGCCAUCCUUGAUGAAGUUCCCAAGGAAACUUUAAUAGAAAAGAAGGAAACUCCUGAAUUACCAACUUCUCCUAGAGCUCAUUCUGUUAUUUCUACUGUCAAGAAACCUCUUGGAGCAAAGAAAGUUGGAAAGAGUGGAGGACUUGGUGCUAGGAAGCUUACAAAAAAGCCAAAUGAAGACCUUUAUGAACAGAAACCUGAGGAGCCCCCUGCUCCUGUUGCUGCCCCAAGUAGUAAUACUCUACCGAUUGGAGCAUCUUUUCCUUCUCGCUUUGAAUAUGUUGAAAACAGUAAUGCAUCAGUUAAAAGUUCCGAAGGUUCUCAUGUAAUUAGCCAUGUUGCACCACCCAAGGCAUCAAACUUCUUUGCAGACUUUGGUAUGGACGGCGGUUUUCAGAAGAAAGGAAGCUCAAACUCUUCAAAAGCACCGGUGGAAGAAACUGACGAGGCCAGGAAAAAGUUCUCAAAUGCUAAAUCAAUUUCCUCUGCUCAAUACUUUGGUGAUCAGAGUAGAGCUGGUGACAUGGAUGCCCCAGCUUCCUUGUCAAAAUUUUCUGGAUCAAGUGCCAUCUCUAGUGCCGAUCUUUUUGGACAUGAUUCUGAUGCUAAUCUUGAUAUUUCUGCAAGUGAUCUUAUCAACCGCUUAUCAUUUCAGGCACAACAAGAUUUAUCUUCUUUGAAGAAUAUUGCGGGCGAAACAGGGAAGAAGCUUGGUACCUUUGCAUCAUCAUUGAUAACUGAUCUUCAGGAUAGAAUCCUUUAAUCAUAUCUGUAAUCAUAUAAAAACUGUGGGAAUACAAUCAGAAAUUUCUUUAGUGCAUGUAAAAUGAGUUUUUUAUUUUCUUUUGCAAUUCUUUGGAACACCGAAUUAGAUUUUGGCACUUUUUUCAGUGUUUGCUCGCUUAAUGUAAUUGUGUAGUGAGGAACCAAGUGUUUCAUUUUUACAAAUUAUUUUGUCACUUCUUUAAGUUAGUUAUAUACAAGAACUUUGUGCCA